AUAAUUGCGCAGAAGAAUGCAGUGCGGAAUUUAAUCGACAUGGAAAAUGAGCGGCGGAGAAUGAUAUCGAUUGUGGGCCAGCUGUUUAUCGGUAGAAAGCUGCAGCAAUAACUGUGGAUCUAAGUCGCUUUCAGCUCAAACGUUAAGUGGAAAUCUCUACAGACAUUUGCGCCAGCAACUGAUUGACAUAUUGAUCGGUAACGUCGACGACAACGGAAUAACUAAGAGAAGCCAGCAACCAGCAGCAGCGGCAGCACGAAGCGAGCAGCAGAGCACGCAGAAUAAAGAAACAAGGAAACAUUUGCACAGCACAACCGAGCAACUGCAGCAGCAGCAGCAGCCAGGCCAGGCAGGCAGGCAGGCAGGCAACGACAAGAAAAACCACUUCAACAAAAGAGGAUAACAUAUUGGAAGUGCUCGCACACAUACCCUUACCCAUACAGCUCACUUACACACACACGCACGAGUGGAAAGAGAGACGAAGCAUUGUACGUGCCCGGUUGACGGUGGGAAAGUAAACCGACAUCUUUUUACGAGCAGAGAGUUUUGCAAUCAGAAGAAGACAGCAAGCAGCCCCAGAGAGUGUUCACAGUUGAUCGGGCCAGCCCUUUGAUAACACACAUACGGAAAGAAAAAGAGCGAGAGAGAGAGGUAGCUGCUAGCAGUGAGAUCGGAGACGGGACAGGUUGCUGCCCAAAGCCGAAAACCGAAAACCGAAAAACCAAAAACUCGAACGAACACAACGCAUUUGGAAAUCAAGCCAGGCCCCAGCCAGCGGAAAGUGCGUGAGCGUUUGUGCGUGCGUAAUCGAAGCUCCAAAAACUGUGAGAAGACCAGACCCCCCGACUUCGAUCCCCCGUGAACUGCAUUUGCCCAGCGUUGCCACAUCGCCAGUACGCGUGGGGGCGUAAAACCAGUGCUGGAUAGCACCAAGAAGACACUAGGAACAAAACAAAUCCAAUCCAUGAGCAACUAAAUCGAAAUUAAAGUGAAAUUCAAACGAAUUGAAUCGUUAUCCUCAUCGCAAAACAGAUUCCAAAUGAAAACGAUCGUGCUCAGUCCGGACGAUCUGCAGAACUUCAACAAGUUCAUCUAUGACCCGAAGUCAGCCGCCCAGCUGGCCGCCAGCGCGGGGGCGAUUGGAGCAGCGGCGGCAGCGGCAGCUGCCGUACACGGCCAGCAGCCAGGAGGAGCGAACACCACCACAGUGCAGCUAGUGGCCGGCGGUGGUGGCCUCGGCAAUCCCACAGUUGUUCCAGUCCCCACCAGCACAGCGCAGACCAGUGCCAAUAACCUGAUGGCUCUGCAUUACUAUCUGAAGCAUCCGGGAAUACAGCAGAUGCCGAGCGCAACCACGGUCCAGCAUCACCAACAUCAGCACCAGCAGCAGCUGUUGGCCCAGUCGCAGACACAGCUAAAGCAGCUGCAGUUGAAGCAGCCCACAAUCCACCAGCACCAGCAGCACAUCAGCUACCACCAUCCGUACUACCAGCAGACGCAGCCCCAGCAGCAGCUCCAGCUGCAGCCACAGACACAGAUGAGCCACAGCAAUCCGCACGUUCCGCUGAAAAGUCAGCAACCGCCACAGACCCAUCUGCCCGUGCAUGCUCUGAACCAGAACUCCAACUUCUCAGCGGCCAGCUCCAGUACAGGAGGAACAGCUUCCAGUCAUGCGCCCACACAGCAGUCGAACGGCUCCAGUGUAUCACCCACCAUCAUCCAAAGGGUCACGGCAGUGGGCGGACCAAACAGCAGUAACAUUGCGGCCGCUGCCAACGCGCUCCUGCGAGCCUCGGCCGCCGGCAAUGCCAACACCUCGUCCUCGUCAUCGAGCUCCUCCUCCUCUUCCUCGUCGGCGUCGUCGAGCUCUUCGUCAGCCUCUUCUUCCAGCUCAACUAACUGCGCCAAGAAGCUGAAAACAGAGCCCGCCCUCUCGCAGUACAACCAGACGGAACGCCUCAACUUCGCCAACACGUACAUCGUGUGGAGCGAGGAGCACUGGCGACGGGUGGUCUUCCACGACGAGCGGCGCUUUAACCUGGACGGACCCGACGGCUUCUCCUACUACUUUCACGACUUGCGGAACUACGAGCGCACUCUGUCGCAGCGGCCGCGCGGCAACUCUGUCUACAUCUACCUGAUGAUCUGUGUGGGUGGGGCCCUCCAUCUGGAGGUGUCGUCAGCCAAACUGCGUCCUGAGUCAUGCAUCGAGGCCGUUAUGCGCGAGCGACCGAAUAUCAUCAGCAAACUAGGUGGUAGCACAGAGUUUGUGCUGCAGGACCACAACUGGAUGUCGCAUGCACUGCCCACGGCCCAGGACCUGCUCAAUACCAAGGGUCUCAAGACCCAGAAGUGGCCGUCCAUUGCGCACGACCUCAACAUUAUGGAGAACAUCUGGGGCUGGCUCAUCCGAGAGGUGUUCGACGGCGGCCGGAAGUUCUCGCGCAAGGACGACUUGAUAUUCCGCAUCAAGGAGGCGUGGUCCCGACUGCCGCUCGAUCUGAUCACCAACCUGUACAGCACCCUGCCGGAGCGCAUCACGGAGCUGUACUACACACAAGGCGUCUACACGAAUUGUUGACAACCGACAGAAGAGCAACGUGGACGUGGAUGUGGAUGUGGUGGUAUGUUGUCUCCCAGCUCAGGGCACUCCCUUCGGCUCAGCUCCGCCUGGAAGUGGGAGUGGGAGUGCAGACGGAUUCGAUUCUAGGACUUCGUCCGUCUAAGGGGAACUUUCACGACCUGAUCCUGCUGCCGAUGCCAACACGCCUGGCAUCCAUCCCGCUGGGUCAACCAGUGGGAUGGGGGCGUGAGCGGCGUUCCUCUGCCGGAUACAAAAAUCAAUACAGAAGAAGGAAAUCUUUAUACAAUUCAACUUAACUUUUUGUGUAUAGCUUUAAGAUGUGUGCAACAGAGCAGACCAGACCGUACCGGACGGACCGACCGACGGACGGACAUACGGGAGCGGGACAGAGAGACGCCUGGUUUAAGGUUAUACAGUUUUUUUUUAGUUAUUUAAAACAAAAACAAAAAAAUGGAAAAACAUGCAAGAAAAACAAUCGCGCGAGAGGUUUGGGCACGCCAUGUGUGUGUGGUGACACUGGCAGACACACGAAAAGUGUUGCCAUAUCGCUUUGUAAUUAGUGUUUUUAUUCCUUCCUUCACCCGUAUCCACCACAUCCACACACACACACACACUCCCGCACCCCCCGCAUAAUGUGUAAGGCUUAAUUUUAGUUGACGUUUGCCUCCUUUUCUACCCAAUCCCAUCCCCCAACUCCCCUCCCCACCACACC